AUGGAUUACGGCGGCGGCGAGUACCCAGUUCCCUGCGGGAAAGACAAAUACAUCUCCAAAAAUGAGCUGCUUUUACACUUGAAGACGUACAACAUCUACUAUGAAGGGCAAAACUUGCAGCUGCGGCACCGGGAGGAGGAAGGUGAACUCAUCGUGGAGGGGCUGCUGAACAUCUCCUGGGGCUUGCGGCGACCCAUCCGCCUGCAGAUGCAGGAUGACAACCAGCGCAUCCGCCCUCCGCCAUCCUCCUCCUCCUGGCACUCGGGCUGCAACCUGGGAGCCCAUGGGUCCGUGCUGAAGCCCAGCACCUUGCCAGACAUCCAGGUCACGGAUGCAGAGGCUGUGCCAAACACAGAUGCUCCCCGGAGCGGCGCAGGAUCCACCAAAUCACAAGCAGAGGAGACGCCGCAGCUGAUGCGGACACGGAGCGAUGUUGGGGGACGGCACCGGGGCAGCGCCCGCACCCCCAGCGAGCAGCGGCGCAUCCGCCGGCACCGCUUCUCCAUCAACGGGCACUUCUACAACCACAAGACAUCCGUGUUCACACCGGCGUAUGGCUCCAUCACCAACGUCCGCAUAAACAGCACGAUGACAACCCCCCAGGUCCUCAAACUGCUGCUCAAUAAAUUCAAGAUUGAAAACUCAGCGGAGGAGUUUGCGCUGUACAUUGUCCACACCAGUGGAGAGAAGCAGAAGCUGCGAGGCAGCGAUUACCCCCUGAUCGCCCGCAUCCUGCAGGGCCCCUGCGAGCAGGUCUCCAAGGUCUUCCUCAUGGAGAAGGACCAGGUGGAAGAAGUCACCUAUGAUGUAGCUCAGUACAUCAAAUUUGAGAUGCCCAUCCUCAGGAGCUUCAUCCAGAAGCUGGAGGAAGAGGAGGAUCGCGAAGUGAAGAAGCUAAUGCGCAAAUACUCCAUCCUCCGGCUGAUGAUUGAGCAAAGGCUGGAGGAGAUUUCCGAAGGCCCGACGGCGAUGUGA